AUGGGAAAUGAAUCUCGGAGAUUGCUUCUUCUCGUAAUUUUUCUCUUGGCGAUUCAACUCCGAGUUAACCCAGUUGUCGGGAUCUGCGAACACAGCUUCAUUGACCGCAACAAGCUCUACAACUUCACCUUGGCUUCUCCACUGCCUAGUUUCCCAUGGCGUCCUCAGCGAAGACGGGUGGCUGUGAAUGAGACUGCUUUGGUUUCAGGUUUUCUUUUGAAGCAUGAACUUCUUAUGCGGAUUCUGAUGUGGUUAAUUACUACUCAACUUUGCGGUGGAAUGAUUUUUAGCCACGAUCCACCUGGAUGUGCUGAGUGCUCGGAUUGUGGAGACCCAUCACGCAGUGGAAUGGAAUGUAGUGCAUUAGUGGCUAAAAGUUCUGGAGGUUAUCACGUAUGCACUAAGCCACUACUAUUGGACAAGUUUCAAGUACAGAUGUUAGAAUCCUUGUUUGGUGAUAGUGUCUGUUAUACUACGUUAUACAUGACAGACGAGCUGAAUCCUUUCAAAGGUGUCAUUGUUAGAAUGUCAAGCAGUGGAAAAGGGCACAAUUGUUCACUGUCUCAAUCCUUUGCGAUUCAACUGGAGCUCAAGUAA